AUGCUUUCCCUUGAUUUGGGUUUUGCUUCGAUUCCUACCCUCUGGAUUUGGGCAGGCUGUCCUUAUGAUAGAAGAUCUAGUGGAGGAUAUUGCAUAUUUCUCGGCUCUAAUCUCAUAAGCUGGAGUGCUAAGAGGCUGCAAUCAGUAGCUAGAUCAUCUACUGAAGCUGCUGAGUACAGAUCUUUUAUCCUUGACUGCCUCUGA